AUGCUCAGUCGAACUUCCCAAACAUCUCAUAUCAAAGAGUACUACUGCCAAUAUACGGAUCAGCUUUUGAAGAAACACAAAACCUGGCAUGACGGGCGUUUGAAGUUCUUCGAACUUAACAAGAAAUUUCAGUUGUUCACUGUCGAUGACAACGUGCUGCUUGGCAGCGGUUUUGUGACAAAUGUCCGCCGGCUGGAGCGCAUUUUGAGUGAGUCUUUCUUUGGAAAGGAAGAGCACAAGAUUUUUAGCCAGUUUCUGGUAAUAAUCGACUGUCUGGAACGUGAAUAUGAUCGAGAUAUCGGGACACUGGCCAGGGAAGGACUGACACCCUAUAAUAUUAAAGUUCACCCCGGAACCGCGCUUGCGCCCAGUCCCAGCAAUCAAAAUACCAAACUGCGACGUGAAUCACCUCAGCCUUCAAGCCAUCAGGAUACUCUCGCGUUGCGUUUCAAUACGCCAUUUAGACGACCGAGGAUGGCCCCGAGGGAAAUUACCGCGGCUUCCAUAAACACCCCUCCCACAAAGAAGCAGCUCAAGCAACCCCUGCUCCGCAAAUCCGUCACGAGGACUACCGCUGAACCGGUAGAAAAGCAGUCGGUUUCACUUGCGCUAGACGCAUCAAAAAUGGGGUGCGGUCAGCUGCAACAGAGAACAUCACGAAGGCGGAAGAAGACCGUUGUCAUCGCCCCUGGGCCACAAGCUGGCUUCGAGGACUCAGGAAAUUUAAGCAGCCCCGGUCCGAGCCUCAGCACGGAACUGGCUUUAAGCAAGGCGCAUCCGCAGCCUAUAGCUCAGCAUUGGAAUAUUAGCACAUUUCGCAUCAACAAAAAGAAAACUACGAUCUACCAUGAACCCAUCAAAUUGUGA